UCAAGCAUCUACUGCGAUCACUGCGGACCGUGGUCGACAAGAAAAGCAUUGACAUACCACUGACAUACCAUUAUAUUCAUCUCUAUAUCAUCUAAAUUCGCUUGCUAUACCACCGUGACAUCCAAGAUGUCAUUCAUAGAUACACUUCAAAAUGCCCUUGACCGCAUGUUACCAAGGAGGUCAAAGACUAACACAGUACCAGCAGCAGUUGGGAUAGGAAAUGGGCUUGGUAUGGUCAACUACGAGGACGACAUGAUUAUAAGCAAGCCUGCCAUCAUAUUUCACAUUUCUCAGACAUUCUUCAACUUUCUCGCAAUGGCUUGCUUUGCAAGCGUAGCCAGUUUUCAAGCAAAGUGGGGAAUAGGGCCUUCUGGUCUCUCAGGAUUCGCGAUCUUCGUGAGCGUCACAGGAAUAUUCCUAUCCCUAUUUCUCCUCUUCGUACCUGUCGUAUACGAGAAAUACGACAAACUCAUUCGCCUAGCCCGUACCCUCAAAGAAGUACGCGUCGGCUUCAUCCUCGUUGGCAGCGGCUGCAUUUUCAGCCUCCUCAUCGCAUUCAUCACCACAAUCUCAGCGUGGACAGAGCCUGGUUGCAAAAACGCGGAUAACGAUCCUCAUGCGAGCCUUGGCGACGCGUUUACGAGCGCCCUCCCUGGCUGGUGCAGCACGAAGAAAGCAGGUGCUAUAUUCUUUUGGUUAGCGUUUGGCUUCUGGCUCGCAUCCUUUGUCUUGCUUAUCAUUGACUGGCGCGCCGGAAACCUCACAUCCCCACCCCGCGAUCUCCCAUUCACGCGUCCCCACUCUGACAUCGAAGAAGGCGAAGAAGCAGAAGUAGAAGAAGAAGAAGAAGGCGGACACUCAUACCAACCCGUCGCCACCAACACAGCGCCCACAUACCCCCGCCAAUCAACAUACGACAACUCUAACGCCUCCGCGUCUCCAUUCGCAGACUCCAACCGCCUCUCAGCCGCUCCCACCAAUACCAAUACAACCUACCUACCCUCAAUCAACACAAAUCGUUUCUCAACAGCAGACUCAAGCGCUAAUCGCACAUCUGCAUAUUCAACCGCACCCACUACUACCACCGCUCCUACUACAAGCACCAACAUGGGUUACGCUACUUCUAGACCUAGUAUGGACGCGUAUGGCGCGUUUUCAGACCCUGCACCGAGUGGGUUCGGGGGCGUGUCGGCGUCAUAUGCGCCCACUGCAUCAGAUUCUGGGUCUGGGGCGCCGAAAGUGAGUAGGACGAUGCAAUAUGCGGAUCCGUAUGCUGCUGUGCGGGCAUCGCUGGCGACGAGCACAGCUACGGGUGCGCCGGCUCCGACGAAAUCUAGCUACGAACCGUAUACUGGGUACCGAUAGUGUACCCUUUAUCAUGAUGGUGGACCGGACUGGCGAUAUUUAUGUAGAUGGUUGAUGUUUACGCGCGGAUAUAUACCCGCAACAUGCUCUUCUCGUUAGCGCUUAUAAUAGGCUUGAUGUCGUAGGAUUGUGUAUUAUCCAUGGACCAUUUGCACUGCAUGUCUUUUACAUAAACUUGUACUGAAACUUGGAGGGAUAUCGAUAAUCAA